CUUCUCUUCAACAAUAACGACUAACGACAAAACUCUAAGCAAAAUCACAAACAUUACCGGAUCUACAUCCAGUUAUUCACUUUAGAUUGUUAAAAUACAGUUAUUUUUUGUGCAAUAUUUUCAGUGCUCCUCAACUUUUCCUGCACUUUUACCGACCUGUCAAAUAAUCGAGGGGCCGAGGGAUGAGGGUUGGAGCAGGUUUGGUUGCGGAGGAAACGGACUAUUGUCCCAUCGCGAUAGGUGCUUUCAGCUAAUGCAAAGACUGCCUCCGGACACUUUUAUAAAACAAACUUGAAUUCUUAUCACAUGUUCGUUGAGGACUAUUGAGGAACGUCUGUAAUUACUGUAGAAUCAACGGGAUGUCUGGAAGGCCACAUUGUAGCGAGUUGCUGGACGUCGACCCAGACGAAGCUUCUGAAGAGCUGACAGAGGUGGUGUGUCUGGAGUCAGAACUAAAGGACGGACAGAUGAUGGAGGUGGAGGUGGGACGUCACAAUGUUCUGUUGGUACGGAGUGAAGGCAUAUACAGCGCCAUCGGCAACCAGUGUACACACUACGGAGCUCCCUUGAGCAAAGGGGUUCUAUCAGGGCACAGGGUGCGAUGCCCGUGGCACGGUGCCUGCUUCAACAUCCAGACAGGAGACCUAGAGGAAUACCCUGGCAUGGACUGUCUACCCUGUCACACGGUGAAAGUCGAAAACAACAAAGUGUAUGUGUCCGUAAACAAAAAGGCAGCGAGACAGACCAAACGAAUAAAGUGUAUGGGAUCCAGAGUAGAAGGUGUCAUCCACACCAUCCUACUGCUCGGGGGAGGGUCUGCGUCGUUAGUGUGUGCGGAAACUCUGAGACAGGAGAACUUUGGAGGCAGAAUCAUCAUGGUAACCAGGGACAACCUUCUGCCCUAUGACAAAACACGACUCAGCAAGGUAAUGAAUGUGGAGGAUGACAGCAUUUUGCUGAGGAGGAUGGAGUUCUUCCAUAAACACGACAUCGAGGUGUGGCUCCGCAAAGAGGCCAUGUCGUUGGACACAGAGAAGAAGAAAGUAACAUUUGAUGACGGUUCAGUCCAGAGCUACGACCAGCUCCUCAUAUCCACAGGCUGCAGAGCGAAGGGUCUGGAGUGUCCAGGUAAAGACCUGGAGAAUGUAAAGAUGCUGGAGACACCAGAGGAUGCAAGGCAGAUACAUGUUGCCUGUAUGGGCUGUCAUAUCGUGAUCGUGGGGACAUCCUUCGUUGGCAUGGAGGUGGCAUCCUAUAUGACAGACAAGGCCUCCAGCAUCACAGUGAUUGGCAGCAGUGAGCUACCCUACCAGAAGACCUUGGGCCCUGAGAUUGGCAAGGUCACCAUGAUGAUGCUUGCAGAGAAGGAUGUGGCGUUUUAUAUGAAUGACAAUGUGUCAGAGGUCCGCGGAGAGAACGGAAAGGUAAAAGAGGUUGUGCUGAAGAGUGGGACAGUCAUUCCUGCUGAUGUUUUAAUAGUUGGCAUAGGUGUGAUCCCUAACUCAGAGUUCCUGCAGGGUACUCCCAUAGCGAUGGACUCUAAGAGCUCAGUCAUAGUGGACAAGUGCAUGAGGACCAAUGUUCUUGAAGUGUUCUGUGGAGGAGACCUGGCUACCUUCCCCCUGACAAUGGCCAAAGACCAGAGGGUCAAUAUAGGACACUGGCAGAUGGCACAGGCACACGGGAGAGUAGCAGCCCUGAACAUGCUGAAUAUACCCACUGAACUCAACUCUGUCCCUUACUACUGGACCGUCCUACUGGGGAAGAACAUCAGAUACACAGGCUAUGGGGAAGGAUACACUGACAUCGUGGUAAAAGGGAAAGUGGAGGAACAAAAGUUCCUGGCCUUUUAUAUCAAGGAUGAUGAGGUAAUAGCAGCAGCCAGUCUGAACUAUGACCCAGCUGUUUCGGCUGUGGCCGAGAGGUUCGCUGCAGGAAACACCAUCACUAAGAAAGAGGCUGAAUCAGAUGACCUGAGGUGGCUGAAGCUGAAACUGUCCUGAUCAUCCCUCCUUCCACUCAUCCGUCUCAACAUCACUUCAUCUCCGACACACAAACACAGAAUGUCCCCCCUCUGUCCAUCUCUCCCUCCCUCCUCCUCCUCAGGCAUCCCUCCUCAUCCCCUCUCUCUUCCCCUUCUUCUGGAGAACAAAUCGUCUGGCUGGAGGCUCGACAGACACAGAAGAGACCUAUCAGAAGAGGGCGACGUGACAUUUCUGAGUUAUAACCAGUAGUGUAGUGGAGGGUAAUCGCAUGUAAACGCCGUAUUUGCACUUUUUUUCAUUUUGUGCGAGCGUUUUCUCACCUUUUGCAGAAAAAUGCAUAGAAAGUGCACGGGGCGUUAAUUUACUCACUGAUAACGGCGAUCAGCACCUAUUUUUACCACGACAUCACUUGUUAUGACAUCAGCCAUAUAGCAGGACAUCACUCAACAAUUUGUCUGUUCUGUUCUUAGCCAGUUUGUUUAGAGGUGGGGGGAAACAGAAAAAACAGUGAUACCUCAGAUAAACAGAUUUUGUGGGUUUCAUUUUUCAUUUACAAGGAUGAGUUUUAUAUGUUCUCCGUUUUGGGGAAACUACAUGGUCAUGGUGUCGCCAAUGCCCACCUGUUGAUGUAGACAUUUCUUACUUCACAUUCUGAAAAUGGAGAAGAAGAGAUGACAGAAAGGUAGCCGUGUGUGUUCUACUGUAGAUAUGGUAGUCAUGGUAGCUAACCACUGGGCACACACUAGUUGAAUCAAUGCUGGUCAAAAUGAGAUGAAAGUAGUCCUGGUUGAUGAUUUUUUUCAAAUCCAAUGUAUUUUCCACGUUGAUUCCACGUCACAAUACGUUGACCAAUUACGUUGAAACAACGUUGAUUCAACCAGUGUGUGCUCAGUAGGUAGUGUUCUACUGUUGACACGAUAGCAACAUGAUGACAUGCCAGGUUGGAAGUCAUGGUAGCUGGUGUUCUACUGUCAACAUGUCAACCAGUGGUGGUGGCAUAGUCUGAGUUUACGCAUACUUUGGGUUCCACGGAAGGGGUUGCUAGGUAGGACGUUGCCGGGGUCACGGGCAGUGUAAAAACACAGGUGACCUUAAUGGCCGCUGUGGCUAUGUGGAUGGACCAAUCAGAACGCUGUUUGGGGGAUUAGAGGGACAGAAGGCCAGGGCCGAGGCCUUUGAGGCAGGGAUGCUGAAUUAGGCAACCUGAACAAAACAGGCUGCAGAGAGAAUAAUAGACAUGGACAAACACAGCACAAAAAGAUAACACCAAAAUGCUUUCAAAAGAACUGCUGUGCUUCUUUCUCACCCAUCUCUCUUUCAUCUCUCCCUCUCACCACACUGGGCACACUAGGUCGUUUCAACGUUGAUAAUUGGGUAAUAUUUCGUUGAGAUGUUGAUCAAUGAGUUUACAAUCUAUAUUUGUUGAAUUUCCAAUGUGUUAUCACUAUGCUUUCAACCAUCUAAAAGCACAACCUAAUUCCCAUUUUUUGUUUAUUUAUAAAACAGAUGCAUGAAUGUGUUAUCAUUGUUCUUCAUCUAAUAUCUGAACCACAUGACCUGGGCCUGGUUUCCCGAUAGCAAUGUCAUUUAGGCAUAUGAGUUUUAAUGAUGCAUUGUUCCAACAACGUCCCGAAGAUGUAACAUGCGUUUCUCAAAAUACGCGUUCGCUAAGUGCGUUGUCGAGGCACAGGCCUACAGUCGAAACUGAUAGGAUCGAAAGAAAGUUAGCGCGGCUCUCGGAUCAGCUUUCUCCAUUCAAAUCUUACUUUAACAUUCAAAUGUUUGAUGGGUCAGCUCCUAGAAAGAUAUUAUCACCUAUGACUGCAACUAUUAGCCUACCCCAGUGGUCGCCAACCGGUCAAUUCAAAUCAAAUCCAAUCAAAUGUAUUGGUCACAUACACAUGGUUAGCAGAUGGUAUUGCGGGUGUAGCGAAAUGCUUGUGCUUCUAGUUCUGACAGUGCAGCAAUGUCUAACAUGUAAUCUAACAACUCCUCAACAACUACCUAAUACACAAAAAUCUAAGUAAAGGAAGGAAUAAGACUAUAUAAAUAUAUGGAUGAGCGAUGACAGAGCGGCAUAGGCAAGAUACAAUAGAUGGUAUAAAAUACAGUAUAUACAUAUUUGAUGAGUAAUGUAAGAUAUGUAAACAUUAUUAAAGUGGCAUUAUUAAAGUGACUAGUGAUCCAUUUAUUAAACUGGACACUGAUUUCAAGUCUGUAUGUAGGCAGCAGCCUCUCUGUGUUAGUGAUGGCUGUUUAACAGUCUGAUGGCCUUGAGAUAGAAGCUGUUUUUCAGUCUCUCGGUCCCAGAUUUGAUGCCCCUGUACUGACAUAGCCUUCUGGAUGGUAGCGGGGUGGACAGGCAGUGGCUCAGGUGGUUGUUGUCCUUGAUGAUCUUUUUGGCCUUCCUGUGACAUCGGGUGCUGUAGGUGUCCUGGAGGGCAGGUAGUUUUCCUCCGGUGAUGUGUUGGGCAGACCACACCACCCUCUGGAGAGACCUGCGGUUGCAGGCAGUGCAGUUGCCGAACAAAGCAGUGAUACAGCCCAACAGGAUGCUCUUGAUUCUAAAAACUGUAAAAGUUUGUGAGGGUUUUAGGUGACAAGCCAAAUUUCUUCAGCCUCCUGAGGUUGAAGAGGCGCUGUUGCACCUUCUUCACCACACUGUCUGUGUGGGUGGACCAUUUCACUUUGUCUUAUACUACAUGAGAAAAAAUGUAUAGUUACAGUAACCUCAAAACAUUUAAUGGAUAUGUAUCUAGUGCUUGGAUAGUUUCAUCUGACCACUGGCUUAAUCCCAUUCUUUAACUAUUAUAUUUGGUUGAGUUGGAGACAUGACUCCAACAUAUCAUUUGUUAACUUGUCAAAAAGUGAAUAUGCUAUUUAUUGUGUUUCAAAAGUGAUUUUGAAUUGUGUUUGGUUGUCAAUGCAACCAAAUAUCAACAUUUAAAUGAGAUUUUUCUUCCACUUGGAGAGGUCCAUCAAUGGCACUGAUUAGUCUGGCUUUAAUUCUAGUUUGACUUCAAAUUAAUAAUUGAUAUGUUGGAUUCACGUCAAUUGCUGUUGAUGACUUUUGCAAAUGCUAUAGGCCAAAAUAGCAUCAUUUGAUGAUAUACAGUGCAUUCGGAAAGUAUUCAGACCCCUUCACUUUUUCCACAUUUGUUACGCUACAGCUUUAUUCUAAAAUGGAUUAAAUAGUUUUUUUCCCCUCAUCAGUCUGAACACAAUACUCUAUAAUGAUAAAGCAAAAACUGUUUUUUAGAAAUGUUUCCAAAUGUAUAACAAAUAAAUAACUGAAAUAUUCCAUUGACAUAAGUAU